AAAAUGGUUUAAUUUCACCUUCAAAAAGCAAUUUUAUUGCAAUUUGAUGACUAUAAAAGCAAGUUUCUGAGAAAUUUUUCUUUUAAGAAUAAGAAAUUUUGUCGUAAUAAAAAUGGUUACAGAAUUUGUUACUCUCGAAGAUGAAUACAAAAGAAAACCCGAUUUAAAACGGGAAAGUGUCGAAAUGAUCAAAAAUUGGAUGAAUAAACAACCACAUUUACCAAAAAUAUCAGACAUCGCCCUAUUUUUAAAUAGUUGUUAUUUUAAGUUGGAACCAACGAAAAUUUGCAUCGAAAACUAUUAUAAUUUGAGGGAUCAUUGCCCUGAAUUCUUUUCAAAACGGGAUCCGUUUAGUUCGGAAAUGCAACAAGCUCUAAAAACUGGAAUCAUUUUGGAUUUUAAUAAAACCACCAAAGAGAACUCUCUGGCAGUUCUAUUAAGAUUGGGGGACACAAAUCCGGAUCAUUUCAAUAUAACCGAUAUAAUUAAAAGAAUCGAUUUGAUGGUGACAAUUUUAGGUCCGAGACGAGGUCUCCAAGAUGGUCAUAUUUUAAUUUUCGACAGCGCAGGUCUCCAAUUAACUCACGUCUUCAAAUUGAAUAUAAUCGCGUUAAAGAAAUAUUUAUAUUUCGUGCAAGAAGCAAUGCCGAUUCGUUUAAAAGCAGUUCAUAUCGUCAACGUGAGCGGAAUAACCGAGAAAUUCCUCAACGUCGUUAAACCAUUCUUGAAAAAGGAAAUUUCCGAUAUCAUUUAUAUGCACAAGAACAUGGAGAGUUUAAUUAAAGCAAUUCCGUUGGAGAUCUUUCCAAGGGAAUACGGAGGAUGUGAUGAUGCAUUGUUAACUUUACACGGCGAAUCUGUCAAAAUUAUUGAGGAUAAUGCUGAUUUUUUGCUCGAAAAUGAGAAAUUAAAAACCGAUGAAUCGAAACGGAUGGGAAAACGAACGAAUUAUGAUAACAUUUUUGGCGUUGAAGGAUCUUUCAAAAAAUUAGAACUAGAUUAAGCCAUUUUGUACCAAUAAAAUAUUGUUAAAAAUAAAUGUUUUUAAUAUUGAUUAGAAAUUAAUUUUUUAAAUAAAUGACAUAUUACAGAAAACUUUAUUUAGUAAUACUUUACGCGGAAGAGAGAUGCCGCAACUAUAUAAAAAUAAUAAAAUUGUUUUUGUAAUU